AUGGCAACUCAACACUACGACGCCCUCGUUCCGGGCUCCGGUCAAGCAAGUACCCCGCUUGCUUCACACCUGAAAGGCCUGGGGCUCUCUGCCUGUCCCGUCCAACGCUCUCAUAUUGCAGGGUGCUGCGUCAAUGAGGGAUGUACUCUCACCAAGACAAUGGUUGCCAGCGGACGAGUAGCAUAUCUUGCCCGACGGGCUAGGGAGUGCGGCAUUCACCCUGGCCAUGGAGACAUAAAGGUUGACAUGCAGAAAGUGAGGCAGAGGAAAAGAGAUAUUGUGACCAGCUUCCGGGGUAACUCGGACAGGAGGCUUAAGGAUGCAGGGGUAGAUGUGUUGAUGGGAGAGGCGAACUUCACAGGAGAGAACGAAGUCCUUAUCGAGCUCAGCGGAGGAGGCGAGAAAAAACUAAGUGCAGACAAGAUCUACAUCAACCUCGGUUGUCAACCCUCGAGGCCCAAUAUCCCAGGACUUGCUUCCCUCGACCAGUCUCGUGUCCUAGAUUUUACUUCUAUCCAAGAACUCGGUGAAGUCCCUGGGCAUCUCGUCAUUCUAGGUGGAGGGCACAUAGGCCUCGAAUUCGGGCAGCUCUUUCGACGACUUGUGGCGAAAGCCACCAUUAUCUAUCGCGCAUCCAAGGACCCAGAACUCCCAAUUUCUAUCUCCGUAACCACAAACCCAAAAACAACUCUCAGCGUCCGAGCCUCGCACAUCCUCGCAACCGGCCGCAUUCCCAACACAGAAACACUCGGCUUGGACAUGGUAGGUAUCAAAACCACACCACUAGGUCACAUUAUCACCACCCCAACACUCUCUACAAAUGUAGAUGGUGUAUUUGUCCUAGGCGAUGUCAAAGACGGCCCAGCAUUCACCCACAUUUCCUACGACGACUUCCGAAUCAUUCGCAACAAUCUCACUACCCAAAACUACAAGACACAAGGCGCCGUGAAAACAACCAACGAACGCGCUACAUAUAUUCCCUCUGUCGAAUACACAGACCCACAAUUCGCGCAUAUUGAACCAAAAUUUGGUGACUUGAAAACCUUCGCUAAGGGCAGGAACUUAGGGGAUGAGACGAAGAGGUUGUUGAAGGCAGUUGUGGAUGAGGGGACCGGGCAAAUUUUGAGUUUUUCAGCGUUGAGGUCCUGAGGGAGGGAGGGGGGUUGAUGGCUGUGGUGCAGAUGGCGAUGUUGGGGUGUUAGGUAGGAUAAGUUGAGAGACAUGGUUGAGAGACAUGGUUGUUAG